CUCAGCGUUAUCAUUAAUCAAAUGUGAGUGAAUUUGAUCAUAAAUGAAAAAAAGUGAGACUCGAUCACAAACGUUCAUAUUUCCUACUGUCCGUGAAGGCAGCACGCCUCAGUACCGUUGCGAGCAGCAGCCGCGGCGGCAGCGACGCCGCUUUCUCCUCCUGUAACCUAAACAAUGCCUCGUACUGAGCGGAGCCACGCACACCAAUAGAAUGCGUUACACACACCGCAGAGCCCGCAUUUCGCUGCUAUUCUGACUUAAUCAAUGCCCCGACCGUAAACAUGUGGAUACCUACGGAACAGGAGAAAUACGGCGUCGUGCUGGCCAGUUUUAGAGGGACCAUCCAGCAUGGGCUCCCCCUGGAAAUUGGAGACACGGUUCAAAUCCUGGAGAAAUGUGAAGGAUGGUACAGAGGAUUCAUCCUUAAAAAUCCCAAUAUCAAGGGGAUCUUCCCGUCCUGUUUUAUCCACUUGAAGAAUGCUCAUGUCAAGAACAAAGGGCAAUUUGAGACGGUCAUCCCCGUCGAGGACUCGGUCAUCACAGAGAUGACCUCCACACUGCGGGAGUGGGGGGCCAUGUGGAAGCAGCUCUAUGUGAAGAACGAAGGGGAUUUGUUCCACCGACUUUGGCAUGUGAUGAAUAAAAUCCUGGACCUGAGGAGGCAGGUGCUGGUCGGCCACCUCACUCAUGACCGGAUGAGGGACGUCAAGCAGCACAUUACUGCCAGAUUGGACUGGGGCAACGAACAACUUGGCCUGGACCUGGUCCCCAGACAGGAGUUCAGCAUGGUGGACCCCGAUGAAAUCAGUGUCACAGAGCUUUACAGAAUGAUGGAGAAUCGGCACCGUAAGAAGGAAACUCCUGCACCCGCCAGCACCCAUCACCUGUUUGUGCACGUCAAGAGUCUAAUGAGCGCCAACCUGGGGGAGGAGCUAGAGGUCUUCUUUCACAUUUAUGACGGGCGGGAGGGCCGGCCUCUCAGCGAGCGCUUCUUCGUCAGGCUGAAUAAAAACGGGUUGCCCAAGUCGCCGGAGAAGACGGAGAGACAAUGCACGCUGUUUGUGGAUUUGGGAAGCAGCGAUCUGCGUAAAGACGUCUACAUCGUUGUGCACAUCAUAAGAAUCGGGAGGAUGGGAGCCGGGGAGAAGAAGAACCUGUGCAGCGUUCAGUACAGGCGGCCUUUCGGCUGCGCCGUGGUCAGCAUCGCCGACCUCCUCACCGCAGACUCUAAGGAUGACCACCUGCUAAAAGUUUACACGUGUAACACAGAGAGUGAGUGGUACCAGAUCCAUGAAAAUAUCAUCAGAAAGGCCAAUUCCAGAUACAACUUAUCUGGAUCCAACACAGGCCUGGCGGUGGCUCUGCAGCUCCUCCACGGAGACAUAGAGCAGCUGAGGCGCGAGUAUAUGGUCCUGUUCACCCGGGGCGUGUCCAUCACCAGGAAACUGGGGUUCUCUGACAUCAUCAUGCCAGGAGAAAUGAGGAAUGACCUUUACAUCACACUGGAGAAGGGAGAGUUUGAGAAGGGCGGGAAGAGCGUCGCCCGGAAUGUAGAGAUCACGGUUUAUGUGUUAGACAUUGAUGGACAGAUCCUUAAGGGUCACGCUGCCGCUGGUUCAGGCGAACCAGGUGGAGACGAGUACCACUCUCUGGUUCUGUACCACAACAACAGUCCUCGCUGGUCGGAACAGAUCAAGCUGCCCAUCCCGGUGGACAUGUUCAGAGGAUCGCACGUUCGCUUUGAGUUUCGACACUGCUCCACCAAAGACAAAGGAGAGAAGAAACUGUUUGGAUACUCCUUUGUUCCUCUGAUGCAAGAAGAUGGCAGGACGCUGCCAGAUGGCACCCACGAGCUCAUUAUCCACAAGUGUGAGGAGAACACCAACUUGGCCGACUGUUCGCGCUACCUGAAACUGCCGUGCUCCAAGGCCAACCUUCCCUCCAACAAUCAGACGCUGAAAAGCCCCAAAGAGUCUUUCUGGAUCACCAGCUUCCUCUGUUCAACCAAACUCACCCAAAAUGGUGAGAUGUUGGACCUGCUGAAGUGGCGAGCACAUCCUGAAAGAAUCAUCGAUAGUCUGUCAAAGCUGAAGGACAUCGAUGGCUCUGAGAUCGUCAAAUUUUUGCAGGACACCCUCGAUACACUCUUUGGGAUUUUGGACGAAAACUCCCAGAGAUACGGACUAAAGGUGUUCGAUUCACUGGUCCAUAUCAUCAAUCUGCUUCAGGACAGCAAAUUCCAGCACUUCAAGCCGGUCAUGGACACCUACAUCGAGAGCCACUUUGCCGGAGCCCUGUCUUACAGGGAUCUGAUCAAAGUCCUGAAGUGGUACGUGGACCGUAUCGUUGAUGCAGAACACCAGGACCACAUACAGCAAGUUCUCAAGGCCAGCGAGUACAUCUUCAAGUACAUUAUCCAGUCUCGACGGCUCUUCUCGUUGGCCACAGGGGGCCAGAACGAAGAGGAGUUCAGAAUGUGCAUCCACGAGCUCUUUAUGUCCAUCCGCUUCUUCCUCUCCCAGGAGAACAAAGGCAUCAGUCCGGUCGCACAAACACAGGCUGUGUUCCUGAAAACGUUCCCCGCCAUCUACAGUGAGCUUCUGAAGAUCUUCACGGUGCGAGAAGUGGCGAGUUUCGUCAGGGAGACUCUGGCCAGCCUGCCCAGCUCAGUCCACCCUGAAAGUCCGCUGGAGGCCGUCAAACUGCAGUGCAUUGCCAAGACGGUGGAGACCCAGCUCUAUAUAAACCCAGAAUCCCGUUGCAUCUUGCUGCCUGUGGUGCUUCGGGUCCUCCAGACCCACAUGCAGGAACAAAGAGACCUGGUCAUGUGUGCCCGCAUUCUCACCAGCAUGCUGUCUCUCAUCAAGAAGGAGGAGAACGGCACUGUGGAGCCAGCAGUGUCUGAGGAAGUGGAACUAAUAGUGGAAAGUCUGCUGGGGGUUUUAAUGAGAACCAUUUUGGAAAUCAGCAACCGGCCUCAGUCUGCAGGACCUGCCAUGAGACUGCAGUUCCAGGAUGUGACUGGGGAGUUUGUGGCUUGUUUGUUGGCACUAUUGCGACAGAUGACUGACAGACACUACCAGAAGCUGCUGCAGGCAUUCAGCACCAAAGACGACUUGAGGGACUUUCUUCUCCACAUCUUCACUGUCUUCAGGAUCCUGAUUAGACCAGAGAUGUUCCCUAAAGACUGGACCGUCAUGCGGCUUGUAACAAACAAUGUCAUCAUCACAACUGUCCUCUACCUUUCUGACGCUCUGAGGAAAAACUUCCUCAAUGACAAGUUCGACUACAAAGUGUGGGACUCCUAUUUCUAUUUAUCUGUAAUAUUCAUCAACCAGCCCUGCCUUCAGCUGGAGUCCUUCUCUCCUUCCAAAAAGAAGAAGAUUCUGGAAAAGUAUGGAGACAUGAGGGUGAUGAUGGGCUGUGAGAUCUUUAGCAUGUGGCAGAACUUAGGAGAACACAAGUUAAACUUCAUUCCAGCUAUGAUUGGACCCUUUCUGGAGGUGACCCUUGUUCCUCAGCCGGAUCUACGGAAUGUCAUGAUCCCUAUUUUUCAUGACAUGAUGGACUGGGAGCAAAGACGCAGCGGAAAUUUCAAGCAGGUUGAGGCCAAACUGAUCGACAAGCUGGACAGCCUGAUGUCCGAGGGCAAAGGAGACGAGACGUACAGGGAGCUCUUCAACAGCAUAAUUCCUCUGUUUGGUCCGUACCCUAGUCUGCUGAAGAAGAUCGAGAGAGAGACCUGGAGGGAGAGCGGCAUCUCUCUUAUCGCCACCGUCACUCGCCUGAUGGAGAGGCUGUUGGACUACAGGGAUUGUAUGAAGCUGGGAGAAGUUGAUGGCAAAAAGAUCGGAUGUACUGUCAGCUUAUUGAACUUCUACAAAACAGAGCUGAACAAAGAGGAGAUGUACAUCCGCUACAUUCAUAAACUGUACGAGCUGCACCUCAAAGCUCAGAAUUACACAGAGGCAUCGUACACACUGCUGCUCUAUGAUGAGCUGCUGGAGUGGUCAGACCGGCCGCUCCGAGAGUUCCUGACCUACCCCAUGCAGAGCGAAUGGCAGAGAAAAGAGCUUUUACAUAUUACUAUAAUCCAGAACUUCGACAGGGGGAAGUGUUGGGAGAACGGCAUCAUCCUCUGCAGGGAGCUCGCCGAUCAGUACGAGUCUUACUACGACUAUAGGAACUUAAGCAAAAUGAGGAUGAUGGAAGCCUCUCUUUAUGACAAGAUCAUGGACCAGCAGAGAUUGGAACCGGAGUUCUUCAGAGUCGGAUUCUAUGGAAAGAAGUUCCCUUUCUUCCUGCGGAAUAAGGAGUUUGUGUGCCGCGGCCACGACUACGAGAGGUUGGAGGCGUUCCAGCAGCGGAUGCUCAACGAGUUCCCCCACGCCAUCGCCAUGCAGCACGUCAACCAGCCCGACCAGACCAUAUACCAGGCAGAUGCACAGUACCUGCAGAUCUACGCGGUGACUCCCAUCCCGGAAAGUCAGGACGUGUUGCAGCGAGACGGCGUUCCCGACAACAUCAAGAGCUUCUACAAGUUUAAUCACAUUUGGAGGUUCAGAUACGACCGGCCCUUCCACAAGGGCACCAAAGACAAGGAGAACGAGUUCAAGAGUCUGUGGGUGGAGAGGACGACCCUGACUCUGGUCCAGAGUCUUCCUGGCAUAUCUCGCUGGUUUGAAGUGGAGAAAAGAGAGCUGGUGGAGGUGAGCCCGCUGGAAAACGCCAUUGAGGUGAUCGAAAACAAGAACUUGCAGCUGCGCACGCUGAUCACGCAGUGUCAGAGCCGGCAGAUGCAGAACAUCAACCCCCUCACCAUGUGCCUCAAUGGCGUCAUCGAUGCCGCCGUCAACGGGGGUCUGGCCCGCUAUCAAGAGGCCUUUUUUGCCAAGGACUACAUCAUGAAUCACCCGGAGGAUGGCGAUAAGAUUGGACGCCUGCGAGAGCUCAUGUUUGAGCAGGCGCACAUUUUGGAGUACGGCCUGGCUGUGCAUGAGAAGUUUGUUCCACAAGACAUGAGACCUCUACACAAGAAGCUCGUGGAUCAGUUUCAUCUGAUGAAAUCCAGUCUGGGCAUACAGGAGUUUCCGGCUUUCGUGCGAGCGAGCCCUGUGCCCUUCACAAACGGCAGCCCUCGAUCCUGCAGGAACUCUGUCCCCAGCAUCAUUAGCACGGACGCCGGCAGAGGGGUAACCAGGCGGAGCUGGAGCAGCUACCCCGCCGUCAACCGCUACUCCUCGUCCUCGCUGUCGUCACAAGCCUCCAACGAGGUCAGUAAUAUCACGGGGCAGUCGGAGAGCUCCGAUGAAGUCUUCAACAUGCAGCCCAGUCCGUCUACCUCAAGCCUCAGCUCCAACCACUCUGCCUCGCCCAACGUCACCAGCUCGGCCCCGUCCAGCGCCAGAGGUUCGCCUCAAAUGGCAGAGAAACACAAGCACGCCAGAGAAAACGCGUGUUUGUCUCCGCGGGAGAGACCGGUCAGUGCCAUAUUCCCCAACCCUCACGACGCAGCACAGAGAACUUCUGCUCAUCAGAUAGCUGAUACCACUUUACCAAGAAGUGAUCCCAACCUCUCGGCACCGGAUAAAGUGAGACCCACUCCCAGUAGCUGGAGCCUAGACAGUGUCAAGGAGGGCUCGCCGUCCUUCUCUGACUCUGUCUACAAAUUGCAAUGCCCUCCUGUUCCCCCUAGGCCGCCGUACUCAGGAUCCUCCGCUAAAAAUAUGAGGUCCCAAUCCCCGGUUCUCACGUCCAGAUCUCCACAGAAGUCCACGGUGCCGCCGUUCACGCCGUCGCCCACCGAGUGCCAGUCUGCCAGCUUGGUGUCCAACUCGCCCGUCCUGUCCGGCAGCUACAGCAGCGGCAUCUCCUCCCUGAGCCGCUGCAGCGUGUCGGAGGCUUCAGGCACCGAGCUGCCGUCGGUCGACCACCCUCCGUACCCCCUCCCCCCGCCGAUUCCCUUGCCGAACUCCACCUCCAGCGGUUCGGACGAGCCGAUCCGCCGGGAGAACAAGACCCCUCCCCCCUACAGCGUGUAUGAGAGGAACAACCCCCGCAGGCCCGUGCCGCUGCCCCACAGCCUCUCCAUCCCGCCGCAGACCGACCCCCCGGCUCUGCCGCCCAAACCCCACCAGCUCCGCACGGGCAGCAUGAAACUGGACGGAACCGCUGACCCGCGAGUCCCCAAAGCCAGGCCUCUGCCCCGGAAGGUGUCCCAGCUAUAGGUGCUAGUUCAGGGGCUUUGGGGAGAAAACACAAACACACACUGGCAUAUUUUGCACUUUUCUACUCAGCACUCAUUCUUUUUUGUGAUCUUCAUUCCCAAUUCACUGAAAAACCUGCCAGCCAGUCAGAAACUGAUCAAACUAGCAGAAGCGGAGGAAUUCCCUUGUGUUUGUUUUCCAGAGGGAAUCCCAGUUUGAUCCCAGUCGUUCUGCACUUUCCAGCUCUAGAUGAUACGAUAGGAGAGCAGGGUCAGUCCUUAGGUCUGUUUACGGAACACUCCGCACAAAAAAAACUAAAACACGGCUUUGAUACGAGUACUAAUCUGUAUAUUGGUAUAAAUGAGAAUUGUUUUUGCCUUAAGUAUUGAAAACAAAGUCUUUUAUCUGUGA